AUGGCGCCCACCUUCGCCGGUAUGUCGGGCAGACCGCUGUCCUUGACGGUCUCGACUGUUGCGACUAUGGGUUUCCUGCUGUUUGGAUAUGACCAGGGUGUCAUGUCUGGUAUUAUCAGUGACGAGGCGUUCAACAACGUCUUCACAGCCACCAAGGAUGAUUCCGUCAUGCAGGCCCUGGUAACGGCCGUCUACGAACUGGGUUGUCUUGCGGGUGCUAUCUUCGCCCUGGUUUUCGGUGAUAGAACGGGUCGUCGGUGGAUGAUCUUCUCUGGCGCUAUUGUCAUGAUCGUCGGUGUGAUCAUCCAGGUAACCUCCUUCGUGGGCCACAUCCCCCUACUACAGUUCUUUUUUGGUCGAGUCAUUACCGGUAUUGGCAACGGCAUGAACACUUCCACCAUUCCCACCUACCAAGCCGAGUGCUCCAAGACGCACAACCGUGGUCUUCUCAUCUGUAUUGAAGGUGGUAUCAUCGCCAUCGGCACUGCCAUUGCCUACUGGAUCGACUUCGGUGCCCACUAUGGCCCCCCCGACCUGGUCUGGCGUUUUCCCAUCGCCUUCCAGAUCUUCUUCGGUCUCAUCAUCAUCGUCGGCAUGUGGUACCUCCCCGACUCCCCCCGCUACCUGAUCUCCAAGGACCGCGUCGAAGAGGGAGAGUAUGUCCUCGCCGCCCUGGCUGGAUGCGAAGUCUCCGACCGGGAGACCCAGGUCCAGAAGCAGCUCGUCCUCGAGUCCCUCCGCGCCUCCGGAGCCCUCGGCCAGAAGACGCGGUUCCGCGACCUCACCACCGGCGGUCCCAGCCAGCACCUGCGUCGUAUGGUCGUCGGUUCCUCGUCCCAGGUCUUCCAGCAACUCGGCGGUUGCAACGCAGUCAUCUACUACUUGCCCCUUCUCCUUAAGCAAAACCUGCACCAGGGUAACGACAUGGCCCUCCUCAUCGGCGGUAUCAACAUGAUCGUCUACGCCAUCUUCGCCACCUUUUCCUGGUUCUUCGUCGAAAAGGUCGGCCGCCGCAAGCUCUUCCUCGGCGGUGCUAUCGUCCAAACCGUUGCCAUGAUCAUAACCUUCGGCUGCCUGAUCCCCGGCGACCCGCAGAGCUCCAAGGGUGCCGUCUUCGGUCUCUUCCUCUACAUGGCCGCUUUCGGUGCCGCCUGGCUCCCGCUCCCCUGGCUAUACCCGGCGGAGCUGUCCCCCGUACGCACUCGUGCAAAGGCCAACGCCGUCUCAACCUGCAACAAUUGGCUCUUCAACUUCACGGUCGUGAUGAUCACUCCCGUCAUGGUCGACGCAAUCGGGUGGGGCACAUACCUCUUCUUCGCAUGCUGGAACGCCGUCUUCGUCCCCGUCGUGUGGUUCUUCUACCCGGAAACUGCCAACCGCAGUCUCGAGGAAAUCGAUCUUAUCUUCGCCAAGGGAUACCACGAGAACAUCAGCUAUGUCCGUGCUUCGCACGAGCUGCCCAAGCUCGCGGAUGACGAGAUCGGUGCUGAGGCUGCCAAGUACGAUUACCAACCCGAGACAGAGGCCGAGGUCGAGAAGGGCCACGUCUCCCCGGGAAGCGGCAGCUCGACUGUCGGUGGUAAUGCUUGA